UCAAAUUGGGAUGAAUUAGAUAAUUCUCGCCUCUCGGUCACUUUUAAAUUUCGCAUUUAAGUCACCAAAGGUGUUCCAGUCCAGUGUAUUUAAUUAUGGAUUAUAGUUGAUUAACUAUUAAGUACAAAAUAGUGAUAAUUUUCGAAUAAAUUACAUUUUUCUCGAUCGAACGAUACUUAUUUUUCAACAUGGUUGUUGGUGCUUUCCCUAUAGCUAAACUCUCCGUGUUAUUGGUGAAGCAAAUAAGCAAACCUAUUGCCAAUAUUUGUAAGGAAAGAGCGAAAAAUAGUCCCUUUUUCAGAACCUAUGUUUGUAUGCCUCCCGCUCAAUUUUAUAACUGGUGCGAAGUAAAAGCGAAAAUGUGGAUAUUAAACUUAGGAAAACCAGUCAAUAUUCCAGUCCUAAGUCAAGACAUGGCUAUUGAACUAGGGGCUAAUCUCCUUGGAGAAACUGUUAUAUUUGUUAUUGGGGCUGGUUUGCUUAUAAUUGAAUACAACAGACAAAGCAAAAAAGAAGCAGCUAAGGAAGCUAAGCGUGAAGAAGAAAUGAAACAUAUAACAGGAACCAUAACAGAUUUAUACUUCACUGUUCAACAACAGCAAACACAGCUUAGAGAAAUGGAGAGAUUAAUUCAUUCAAUUGGUGACAAGAAACCAGAUGGUCCACCUAAAGGUCCUUCUGGUUAUAAACCCCCAGGGGGCUCAUCACCAGGAGUAACUUCCCCAACAAACCAACCCAAAACUGAAAAUAUAAGUUAUUCUCAUUAUAUACAAUCAUCAGCACCUUACCCCAACAAUGGAAUUAUUCUACAAUCACUCAACUAUAUACAAAUGGAUGUAUUAAGUUCUGUCUUCGUACAAACUCCCAAACAAGAAAGAAAAAAGGUUGUAGAAAAAAAUAACAACUAUCAACGAGAGCCUGCAUUGCUUUCAGAGGCUCUUCAUAACAUAGAAAAUAAUUUUAGAAGUUUGUUUUGAAAAUAUCAAUGAAAGUAUUUUGUAAUGUUAUUUAUUUUUUGUAGACAAAACAGAGUAUUCUUUACAUCCUGCAGAUUGAUAAUAUGCAGAUAAUCUUGCAUAUUUAUUUUAAUCUUUGUGAAAUAAAUGGGGUUGAU